AGGAGGAGUCAGUGUACCGCACCGAAGCUUGUGGAGCCUAUGCGAAGCAAGCGGGUAGAAGAUCGAAAAGAAUGCAUUGGAUGGAUGCCCGGGCAUUGAGAAGGAAGGACGCAUAGAAUGAACGAAGAGUCCAUAAGAUGAAAUCUUGAAUGAAAAAGCGUAGCGUGAGGAGAAUUCCUCCACUCUUUAUGUUAGAGAGUGCCAAAUUAAUUGGGGCCGGAGCUGCUACAAUUGCUUCAGCGGGAGCAGCUGUCGGUAUUGGAAACGUCUUCAGUUCUUUGAUCCAUUCCGUGGCGCGAAAUCCAUCAUUGGCUAAACAAUCAUUUGGUUAUGCCAUUUUGGGCUUUGCACUCACCGAAGCUAUUGCAUUGUUUGCCCCAAUGAUGGCCUUUUUGAUCUUAUUUGUAUUCUGAUCGUCAGUCUAUCUGACAUCAGAAAGUGGAAGCAGGCUAGUCCCCGAAAAUGCCCUUCCUUUGGAGUUGGGGUUCCAAAUCUUGACUCGUUCAGGGAUCCCAACCAUUAUCCCGUCGUUUCACCGUCGAGCUCUUAAAGAUUCUUCCAUAACACUUAUUCACCCCUAUUCUAUCUCGAACAGAGUACGAGGAAGCCCCCCGUAUGUCCCUCGGUAGUUUUCCCUAAUUUCUUCCCAUUCAGAGUCGAGUCGAAUCUAGUCGAAUCGAGACUUCCACUGUUGUCGUUGACAACUGAACGUACUAAGCCAGCCACCAUAUCUCAGGCCGAACUGGAAAACGGCAAAUGUGACACGGGCUAGCGGUGCCUCGCAUUCAGGGAAUGCUGAGUCGAACAAUCUUAUUAAGAAUCUGUCCAUCAACAGAGCGCAUCCCUCAUCUGCACUAGCCUUCGGUAAGGAAGGUCGUUAGAAGGGUAAUCUUCAUCGCUCCUCUAGUGCUUCUUUUGAUUCUUAAAGAAGUAGCGAUAUGCCCGCGUGCCAGACCUUCUCUAUCUUGCAUUAAGUGGAAUACAAAUCUCUAGCCCUGUGCUUUAAAAGCCUUCAUCCGGUCUAAAUCUGAUCUUGAUUCUGAAUCUAUCUAUUCCUUUCCCCGGCUGGGUCCUUUUCCACAUAAGGCUGAGUCCGGGGAAUGCUUUAUCUCAUCAGUGCCUAGCUUGAAUUCACCAGCUAUCGAUCUUCUGCGACUGACCGUAGGACUAUCUCGCUCCUCUCCUUCGAGUCGAGACUCCUCGCUAUCCUAUUCCUCGGUGGUUUUUGCGGAAAGGCAAGAUGUGCAGGAGUGAUAGGCGGAUAAUUGUCAUCUCUGGAAAUAGCCCCACCUAGAAAGUCCCUUCUUUCUUUGGCCCUCUGGCUAGUAGUGCUGCCUGGCGCUUUGGACAACCAUUGUAUGCAGGAUCGCGGACCUAGACUUGAUCGUUCAUCAGGAUCUGCGAAAGAGGUGAUUAAGAAAAAAAAGUGCUGGCUAGUCGGAUUGGGUUCGUCUCUUGGAAAAGAAAGGGCAGCGCCUUGGGGAGAUCGGGAUUCCUGUCUCAUCCAAUUGAAGCUCGGGCACGGAUAAAUCAAUGGAACGAAAUAGUCUAGUGAAAGAGCAAGCUUGACAGUGAGUUCCCGUCGCGUAAUCCACUUCAACUAUAGGGCUGUUUUAGUAGAGCCCCCUCUUGAAACGAAAUUGAUGAACGAGCCUAUAAGCGAGCCAAGUCGCCUUACAGGUGGAAAGGGCAUAUUACGGUUGAACAAAGGGAAUAUCAUACAAGCUACGCGGCUUCCUACCGUACCCACCCAGUCCAUGGAUGUAGGUGCGGAUAGUUUACGACAGGAUCUAUGGGGUGUGCCUGUUUUCGGUUUGAUAAAGGGGCUUCCAGGCGCGGGUGACUCCAUAAUGAUGCGGCCUUUGAGCGAGCACGUAGACUCAAGGGAAUUUACCCUUCAAACAAAGCCUUGGCGAAAGCCCCGCCUUCCUCGACAAAAAAGCGUACUAGAUGAGACGUUACACCUUUCCCGUAUAACUAAGUAUCCUUAAGCUCAUUCGCGAGUAUGCGCCUGUCCGAUCAUACCUCUUUGCCUCUUCUCGCCGUGUAUAUAGGUCUCGGUAGGCUUUCUGUGAGAAAACUAGGGAAUCAGAUUCAAGCAGCUCGUUGCUACACGAUCAGUCAAGCUAAGCUAAGAGAGAAAAGCGGCAGUCCUUCCAAUCAAACAAGCGACCAACGAAUUCCAACGAUUGCAGUGACAGCCAUCAAAGCAAGAAGUAUAGGCUUGCAGGAUCAAGUGGGAAGAGCGGAACUUGACAGGUCUCGCAGCUACUAAGCUAAGGGGCAGCUUUCAAAAAUGGCUACCGCAUCUGCGCUUUACUACGAUUUGGUGCGGAACUGAAAGCGGCAGAAAGAAAGCUUAAGGCAAGCUACAUAGGUAAUCAAAGAGCAAUCGAGAGCCGAAGGUCUGAUUCCACCUAGUGGCGAAUUCAACCAACAGAGAAAGCAAGCCUAGCCCUGCCUCCUCUUGAGCCUUUAAGUGUUGUUUUUCUGCUCCCCUUAUUAAUAUAAAAUGAAGGGAUUUUAUACCGCUUCAAAGAAAGUAAGAGCUGAUUACGGAGAGUAAUCGAUCUCCGCAUCUAAUUCCAAAGGAGCUGUGCUGGACACGGAAUAAAUCAAAUUGUGCAGGCUUUCCCAUUUUCUAUCACUACUAUCAUCCGAAUAUGAUAGGAUAGGUCUUCCAGCUAACUAGCUUACUAAGCCUCCCCUCGAAGCUGUCAACUGAUGCACCAGCUUCCGAUGUAGAGUCGAGAGAAGCCUUCCCUACUGUAUUGUAACUUUAUUCAGCAGGCCUAGCCGAUGGAGUGGAUGUAGCAGGCCACCCAAAGACCGCUUCUGCUGCUUAACCAGGGUCUCCUUGCCUGUCUGAACCAUUGCCGCAAAUUGCGAAUGUUAAGACACCAAAAUCUGCGUACAUAACCAAACUAUUUAAGAUGAUGGAUAUUGAGCGAGGAUAGGGAGCCCGAGCCAAGCCAAGGUCAUAAAGAAAUGUAACCAACGUUUAUUGGAAAAAAGCAAGCCCAAAGAUUUGGGACCAAAAGCGAUUAGCGGUGACCAUUGAAUAAGUUUCUUCAGCUUGAGUUGGGUUAAAAGCACGGAAUGUAUUUGCACCAUCACCAUCUUCAAAUAAAGUAUUUUCUACGGUAGCACCAUGAAUAGCGCAUAGGAGAGCAGCGCCCAAUACACCGGCAACUCCCAUCAUAUGAAAUGGGUUCAAUGUCCAAUUAUGAAACCCUUGGAAAAAAAGGAUGAAGCGAAAUAUAGCUGCUACACCAAAACUAGGCGCAAAGAACCAACCAGACUGACCUAGUGGAUAAA